AUGGACAUGGACGAUGACAUGGGCAUGCCCUCAAAUGGGUUCUGCUCUGGCUCGGGCAUGGUCAUGAACGAUGGCUUUGGGCGGGCCCCGUCAUUCUGCCCCAUCUUUCUCUUUCACAACGUCGUCAUUGAUACCGCGGGCAAAUAUGCGAUUGCUCUCAUUGGCACAUUUUGCAUGGGCCUCUUCAAUGAGCUCUUUCGGUGGUACCGUAACCGUCUCGAAGCACAAGAGAGCACUCGCCCCAUUCUGCAAGAUCUGUGUGUCGCCCUGUCAUACGGCAUCCACAUGCUCAACGCCUACUUUCUCAUGCUGCUCGUCAUGCUCUAUGAGAGCCUUUUCUUCGUCAUGAUCAUCCUCGGCCUGGCCACGGGCUCUUUCGUUGUUCGUCAACUCCAGCGACAUGUGCGCAAAGUCGGCGCAUACCAAGAUCUUGAUGGGCGCAAGCCUUCGGCCCUAACGCCUAUUGUCCAAACGCCCAGUGGCACCUCCCCGUGCUGUGGGGGCAAUUAGGCACCCAAGCGUCAUAUCAAGGAUGACCAAGGCCUUGUUCAAGCAUCCUUUGGCUCGCGAGUGUGCCAGCAUUUGCUUCUCGUACAUUUUCGUCUCGUUGGCCAGAAGAACGAUGCAGCUCCAUCCGACGCAAGUGUUUGGAUGACUCCUCGGUAUGGGCUGGGCACGCACUCGGUCCUCGUCCUGGCUUUGCCCCAACCCAUCACAAAAGGCGGCCGUGAUUUCGUUUGCUCUUGAGUUUAGAUUAUUGUUUCUUCGUCUUUGCCCAGGGAUUGCCUAGCGCUGCAGAUCGGGCCGUGGUGUUGUCGCUGUUGGCACUUGCACAUGAUUAGACUGCGCCUUCUUAUUUUCCGUCCUCUUUCCGCUCUGCAUUUAUUUCUCAUCCAUUGUGCCCCGUCAUGUUCACACUCACUGCCUCAUGGCUCUAGUCGUUUGCCUCAACCUGGACGCCAGUUGUAAUUCCUUCAUCAAUCAAUCAAUCAAUCAAUC